AUGGAGUGGAUCAAUCACACUGUGACUGAGUUCAUCCUCUUGGGAUUCACCGCAGACCCUGGGAUGCAGCGGGUCUUGUUUGUAGUGUUUCUGGUUGUGUAUGUUUUGACCAUCUUGGGAAACGCCACCCUCAUUGUGCUGAUCUGUAAUGAUUCCCGACUCCACACGCCCAUGUACUUUUUCAUUGGAAAUCUGUCUUUCCUGGAUCUCUGCUUGUCCUCGGUCUACACUCCAAAGAUCCUGGUGAUCUGUAUCUCUGAAGACAAAAGCAUCUCCUUUGUAGGCUGUGUAGCCCAGUUCUUCUUCUCUGCUGGGUUAGACUACACUGAGUGCUACCUGCUGGCUGCCAUGGCCUAUGACCGUUAUGUGGCCAUUGCAAAACCUCUGUUUUAUGCGCAGGCCAUGUCCAUAAAGCUGUGCAUGUUCUUUGUGGCAGGCUCCUAUGGAGCAGGCUUUAUUAACUCCUGCAUCAUCACCAAGGACACUUUUGCCUUGACCUUCUGCAGGGACAAUGUCCUAGAUGACUUUUUCUGUGAUAUCCCACCGCUGGUGAAGAUAGCCUGUGGCAAGAAGAAGAGCUACCAGGGGGUGUUGUUCUUCCUCCUGGCCUCCAAUGUCAUCACCCCCAUAGGGCUCAUCCUGGCCUCCUACCUCUUCAUUAUUGCCAUCAUCUUGAGGAUCUGCUCCACCCAGGGCUGCCUCAAGGCCUUCUCCACAUGCUCCUCCCACCUCGUGUCUGUCACCCUGUACUACGGCUCCAUCCUCUACAUCUACGCUCGGCCCCGAUCUAGCUAUUCUUUGGACAGGGACAAAAUUGUUUCUACAUUUUACACUGUGGUGUUCCCCAUGUUGAAUCCGGUGAUCUACAGCUUGAGGAAUAAGGAUGUGAAAGAGGCCCUGAAUAAACUAAGUAGAUCCAAACCGUCUAGAUCUAAGGAAUAG